CGAGACGACGGUGAUUGCCGAGAAGGUGUCCUUCUCCAAGCUGUGCCUCAUCAUGGGAACCGCCUAUCUGGGCGUGUUUCUCGGAGCGAUCGAUUCGACAAUUAUCGCGACGCUUUCAGCACCCAUCUCCAGUGAAUUUCAAUCGCUCAGUCUGCUGUCAUGGCUGGCGACUGCCUACCUCAUCUCCAAUGCUGCGUGCCAGCCCAUCUCCGGCCGCUUGACGGAUAUCUUUGGCCGUGGCCCCGGCCUGGUUUUCAGCAACAUCUUCUUCGCGGCUGGAAACCUCAUCUGCGGCCUGGCUCAGAGCUCCAGCGUCAUGAUUCUCGGCCGUGUCAUUGCAGGCAUUGGCGGCGGCGGCUUGAUGAGCAUCUCGACCUUCUUGGGAUCCGAUUUGAUCCCUCUGCGCAACCGCGGCAUCGCCCAGGGCAUUGGUAACAUCUGCUAUGGAUCCGGAGCCAUGAUGGGAGGUAUCUUUGGCGGGCUGAUGAACGAUCACACCAAACUGGGCUGGAGACUGGCCUUCCUCGUCCAGGUCCCUCCAGCAAUCCUCUCCGCCGUGGCCGUAGCCAUUCUCGUCAGAGUACCACCAAAGCAAUCGGAAAAGUCGUACCUUGCACGUAUCGACUUUGGCGGUGUCUUCUUUACCGUCUCUUUCCUCGUUCUUCUGCUUCUGGGUGUCAACGCAGGUGGAAACAUCGUCCCAUGGACUCACCCUCUGCCUCUUACGACCAUUCCGCUCUCCUUUGCUGCAUUUGCUGGUUUCUUGUGGUGGGAAAGCAGAGCAACGCAGCCCAUCAUUCCGGUUAGGCUUCUCCUUGACCGCACAGUACUUUCGGCCUGCAUGUGCAACUUUCUCUCCACAAUGGUAACCAUGCAGGGCAUCUUUUACAUCCCACUCUAUCUCCAGGUUCGUGGCGAUUCUUCAACGGGUGCGGGUCUAAAGAUGCUGCCUUCACCUGUCGGUAUUUCUGUCGGAUCUUUGGUAGCCGGCUACUUUAUGAAGAAGACUGGCAGAUAUGUCGAGCUGGGAAUCGGCAGCUUGGUGAUGAUUAUUUUGGGAGUCGGCAUGUUCAAUACGCAGGACGAAUCUACUCCAGGAUGGGUGACCAUGAUUGCCUUCUUCUUUACGGGUGGGGGCUACGGCGCCAUGCUGACGACGACUCUGCUGGCGUGCAUUGCGGCUGUUGAUCACUCACAGCAGGCUGUCAUCACAUCAGCAACCUACCUUGCCCGCAGCCUAGGCGGUACAAUUGGCAUAACAGUUGGUUCUGCCAUCUAUCAAAACAUCCUCAGCUCUCGCCUCUGGCAGCGAUUUGGCGACGAGCCGCAUGCUGGCGAAAUCAUUCAACACAUCCGUGACGAUCUCAAUUUCUUGAAACAUCUGCCCGAGGGAUGGCAGGAUGGAGUGAUGAGCUCAUUCAUGGAGGCAUUCAAGAGCGUCUGGCUGGCCAUGCUCUGCUUGUCCAUUGGCGCCUUCGUUUGUGUCUCACUCAUGAGGCAGCACGUGCUCCAUGAGACGAUUUCCAGGCGAUAAAAAUCGACCAUCAUCCACAAAAGAAAGUAAAAGACAUUUAAUUGCCAGCCGGCCAUGACUUAUGAC